AUGCUAUUUGUCACAAACAAUGACACCGUCUAUGGAUUGGGUGCUAAUGAUAGAGGAUGUCUGGGUUUUGGUAAUGACAUGUAUGUAAAAACACCACUAAUUAUACGGGAAUUGAUUGGACAACGGAUCCAACAGUUUAUCAAUGGAAAUGACUUUGUGUUGGCUAUGGAUGAGGAGAACCAUGUUUUCAGUUGGGGACGAAAUCAUAAGGGACAGUGUGCUAGAGAUGUGACACCAGAAGGGGUUUAUUUAAAACCACAACUAAUAUCACAAUUAAAUGACAAGAAUAUCGCAUAUAUUUGUUGUGCUGGUUGGCAUUCCCUGGCGCUCACGACCGAUGGAAAGGCGUACGGGUGGGGCGACAAUACUUGGGGACAAAUAGGAUGUGGUUGGGGGGACAAUAUUGUAACAAAAUUGGGACAUAAUUCGCAUGAAAACCAUUACAACGGUCUGUUCAUUGAGUUAUCGGCCAUCGGUUCCGGAGGUUUUGGAACCGUAUAUAAAGUAAAGCACAGAAUCGAUGAACACGUAUAUGCCGUCAAAAGAGUCCAAAUUAAAGACUUUUCUGAAGAAUACUUACAACGAGUCUAUAAAGAAGUCAGGAAUUUAGGAGCCGUUCGUUCAGAUUAUUGUGUUCAGUAUUACAACUCAUGGCCUGAAGACAAACACCUCUACAUUCAGAUGGAGUUCUGUUCACAGAAUAUGCGGAAUAUUGUUGAAGUGAAACCACAAGUAUUUGGUCGACAAUUAGGAGAAGCCAUGGAUUGUGUC